UCCCCAAAAAAAAUGAUGAGUCGGAAGAGAGACAAACCCUACACCUCCCGCCAUGUUCCCUACUCUUUCCUAAUACGGCGGUCGACCUCUCCUCUCUCACCACCCCUCCUCCCCUCCGCCACCUCCGACGACUGCCACCAGAACUCCGCCGCCAAAUCCCCCUCGACGGUGGUGGCGAUCGGCCUCUCCCCGAACUGCUCGUUGCUAGACAUAAAAUCCCGAUUCCAGAUCUACGGCUCCAUAUCCCGCACCACGAUCCACCACGGCGGCGUCGCCUACAUCACCUUCCGCUCAAAAUCCUCUGCCGAGUCCGCUAUUGCCGCCUCCCUCGACCCCUCCUUCGGCAUCACCCUCGAUUCCAACAAGGUACAGGUAACGUGGGCUACUGAUGAUGUGCCACAGCAUAAGGAUAGUACUGAUUCGUUUUCGUCAUCGUCGUCGAAGCUUGUGAGAGCUGAAGUGCCUCUGAGCAGACAUGGAAGAGGAGAGCGGCUGCUUCAAUCAUAAAACCUUCCUAUCUUUAGGUAUUCUGCUAUCCUCCAUUCCAAUUUGCAAAUGGAGAAAGUUAGCUUCCUUCUACUCAACUUCCUUGCAGGCUUUGUCCGAAGAAGAUGGAAGUGGCAGACCAACGUUUUUAACAUUUGUCCGAGGUGUAUAUUUGUUUAGCCGGUUUCUCAUUGCUGUUGUAAUCCUGCAACAUCUGCAGGCAAGUUUGUUUUUCUCCACUUUUCUGGUGAUUUAUUAGGCAGUGAUCUGAAUUAUUACUCUCUUCAUUACCUUCAUUUUUAACUUCAAGGAAAAUGGUUGUCAACGAUCUGAAUUCAAUUGAAAGUUCCUUUUCAAUGCAAUUAUGAGAGGUCAGUAAUUCGUUUUUCUAAGAUCAUUCAUUCCCAAAAACCUUAUCAGAUAAUACAACUGGCUGAGUUCAACA